AAACAUCACACAUACCAAAACCACAAACUCAACCUACCCCUCAAAUUAACCCCACCUAACCAAAAGCCACACAUGUUCUUUCAGUUUCACAUUUCACACUCACCAAAACCUCUCUCUAUAUAAACCCAACAACCACCCUCAACAUUUCCAUUACUCUCAACAAACAUAACAACACCACAACAACAACAACAACAACAAUGGAUCUACUCCUCCUUGAAAAGACUCUUUUAUCCCUCUUCAUCGCCGCCAUAAUCGCAAUCACAAUCUCAAAACUCCGUGGAAAACGGUUCAAACUUCCACCAGGUCCAAUUCCAGUCCCAAUCUUUGGUAACUGGCUUCAAGUUGGCGAUGAUCUCAACCACCGUAAUCUCACCGAUUUAGCCAAACGCUUUGGCGAAAUCCUGCUUCUCCGGAUGGGACAACGAAAUCUUGUCGUUGUCUCAUCACCGGAGUUAGCAAAAGAAGUCCUCCACACACAAGGUGUCGAAUUCGGUUCCAGAACACGGAACGUCGUAUUCGACAUCUUUACUGGAAAAGGACAGGAUAUGGUUUUCACUGUGUACGGUGAACAUUGGCGUAAAAUGAGAAGAAUUAUGACAGUGCCAUUUUUCACAAACAAAGUUGUACAACAAUAUAGAUUUGGUUGGGAAUCUGAAGCAGAAAGUGUUGUUAAUGAUGUUAAGAAAAAUAGUGAUGCUAGUGUUGGUGGAAUUGUGAUUAGAAGAAGAUUACAAUUGAUGAUGUAUAAUAUUAUGUAUAGGAUUAUGUUUGAUAGAAGAUUUGAAAGUGAAGAAGAUCCUUUGUUUGUGAAAUUGAAAGCUUUGAAUGGUGAAAGGAGUCGUUUGGCUCAAAGUUUUGAGUAUAAUUAUGGUGAUUUUAUUCCAAUUUUGAGACCUUUUUUGAAAGGUUAUUUGAAGGUUUGUAAAGAGGUUAAGGAUCGUAGGUUGCAGCUUUUCAAAGACUAUUUCGUUGAUGAGAGGAAGAAGCUUGAAAGCACCAAGAGCACCACUAGCAAUGAUGGACUUAAAUGUGCUAUUGAUCACAUUUUGGAUGCUCAAAAGAAGGGAGAGAUCAAUGAUGAUAACGUUCUCUACAUUGUUGAGAACAUAAAUGUUGCUGCAAUCGAAACAACACUAUGGUCAAUUGAAUGGGGAAUUGCUGAGCUAGUGAACCACCAAGAGAUUCAAAACAAAGUAAGGGAAGAGAUGGAUAGAGUUCUUGGACCAGGACACCAAGUAACUGAGCCAGAUCUUCAGAAGCUACCUUACCUACAAGCCGUGAUCAAAGAGACACUUCGUCUUCGCAUGGCAAUUCCACUUCUCGUCCCACACAUGAACCUUCAUGAUGCAAAGCUUGCUGGUUAUGACAUCCCGGCCGAGAGCAAGAUAUUGGUCAACGCGUGGUGGCUUGCAAAUAACCCUGCUCUGUGGAAAAAGCCAGAGGAAUUUAGGCCUGAGAGGUUCUUGGAGGAAGAGUCGCAUGUUGAGGCUAAUGGAAAUGACUUUAGGUACCUUCCUUUCGGUGUUGGUAGAAGGAGUUGCCCUGGAAUUAUUCUUGCUUUACCUAUCCUUGGUAUUACUAUCGGGCGUUUGGUUCAGAAUUUCGAGCUUUUGCCUCCACCCGGACAAUCUAAGAUUGAUACUUCUGAGAAAGGAGGACAGUUUAGUUUGCACAUACUCAAACAUUCCACUAUUGUUGCUAAGCCAAGAUCAUUUUAAUUAGUAUUCACACUAAUACCCUUUAUUUGUUUUACUUUGUGGAAUGCAUUUAAUUAUUCAUAAUGUGGGAAUGUUAUUAAAAUGUCUUAGGAGAAUAAUGUUGUUGUUUUGUGCUUGUCCCAUGUAUAAAACUUUUGAACAUGAAGUAAUGGUUUUGAGAUGAUUUUGUAACAAAA